AUGCCCAAAUCUAACAGGAACAGCAAGGACAGCAAAUCAUCUGCCGGCCGUCAGGUACCUGGUGCAUGGCCGGGUGAUGGCUCUAGCAACACUUCUCCCGCCAAUGCUCCACCCCACGAAAGGUCGCCAUCUCUAGCUGAUGAGCUGUACAGCACUACUCCACCGCGACGUAGUACCCCUCAAGUUCCUCCGCGUCCGGCAAGAUCAUCUGCAAUCCCACAGCAAGAGCAGCCACAACCCGCCGGAAAGGUCAAGCGCAAGCCAGUGCCAAAGCAGUCGAUUGAGAACCUCCUGAACCCGACUCCAACCCGGCAACCGGAUCGCAAGUAUUCUAUCGACAACCUGCUCAAUCCUGUCAGGGACUCGCAACAUACUGGUCCAGCGAGUAGUUCCAACCCAAUUGGACCCACCCCAGCGCUGAAGAAGUCCACCUUUCUUUCCAAAGAGGAAGGGGCUGCAUUGUAUAACCGCCAACCCCAAGCACCGCAGCUACUCAACGACUACAAUGCCAUCGUGAGCCAGCUCCCCGUUCUAGCCGAGCAGUACCGCCACUUCGAUGAUCGCGAACCAAACGAGUUCACGCCCAACGAGAUGCGCGCGAAUCUGCAAAUUCUGAGCAGGCAGAACAUGAACCUCAUCGCCCGCGCAAGUCGGUGGAAAGCCGAUGCCUCGAAUCUGUUUACCCAGGGCAACUACCCUGCCGACACAGACUGGGACCACAUGUUCGAGACGAUCGAGUUCGCGGCCAAGGAGAUGGUGAAAGCUGCUACUGAUACUGUUAAACGUGCUGCGAGACUGCCAGAGCAGCGAGAAGUGCCUCGGGAGAGUCCUGAAGCGCCUUCGAUGUCGCCAAUGUCUGACGUGCGACCAGAGCUCCCACUGCCGUCCCGCGAGGCUGCCGCUACGGUUGGCAACCAAUCUGGGCUCGAUCUGUAUGCUGCGCAGCUUAAAGCUCUGCUAGGAAAGGAGCAGAAGCCUACGAGCGGCGGGCGGGCUGGGGCACCAUCCCCCUCCCCUGGUCCAUAUGGACGGCGCAGCGGCUCACGGCCGCGUAAUACCUCGCCCGUUGACCAUGACGACGCCGACAGCGACGCCGAAAUGCUCGACGAAGAGGACAUCCUCGCCGGCAUAGGUCCCAAUCAAGGUAUGCUCGCAGGAAUGGGCCAUCUCGAGUCCAACCCCAUAACCCGCGGCAAGUACUCGCAGCCCUCCCGAGCACCCCGACUACUCCUCCCAAACCCCUACGGCAUACAGAGCGAUCUCUUCGGCAGUGAAGCGGAGGAAAAGGCUUACGAUGCUAUCAUGGGCGAAGUCGCCUCGGGCUUCAGCGAUCGCAGUCCUAACGAGCAGCUCCCCAAUUUCAGGAAAGCUUUCGGCAUCGGCAGUCCCACUAGGGAGGGAGGGCGAAAAACGAAGUUCAUGGAGAUCUUCGACACCGGCGAAGAAGACGAGCCAGAGGAGCCAGAGCCGAAGACAGAGUGGAUGGAGGGGUUCGGAGAUGUUGAUAUGAAGGAGAUUGAGGAGCAGAAGCGGCUGAUGGAGAGGUAUGCGGCAGAAGCUGAGAAGAGAAGGGCGGGGAAGGAGGAGAAGGAGCUUGAGGAGCAGAAGCGGAUGAUGCGGUUGUAUGAGGUGCAGGCGGAGCAGAGGAGAGGCGAGGAGAAGGAGGGAGAGGAGGAGAGGUUGGUGCCGAAGCGGGAGGCGCCGAAGCCGCCGGAGGGGAACGGAUACGAGGGAAAGGGGAAGGGGAGGGCUACCAACUGCAAACGCCAGGGAACAGUUAUAAGCAGCCGAAGUAACAUCCUCAGCCAUUUCCUCUUCAACAACCCCAUCUACUCCUCCUCCAAAAUGCCGAAGCCAAAGCGAACUCCAAAGCAAGCCAGCAAAUCCAGCUCCAGCCGUCAACCUACAACUCCAUCAUCAACUUCGAGCAGGUUAGAAAAGCCAGCGUCUCUGGGAACGACUCCUACGAAAGGCGCGGCUCAGAGCAAAGCACCUCAGGGACCACAACAGCCUGUAACGCCGUCGAAGCCGGAGACACCGCAGCGGGUUCCAGAGGGUCCGAGCAGGGUUCCGAGGAAAGUGUUACUUCCGGCGGUCGAGGAUGUGCUGAAGCCUGAGUCAGCGCGAGGGAGCGCAAGCAGCAGGACACCGGGUCCGGAUCCAGCCAAUGCACCCCCCAAAUCUCCAACACCACCCACCAAUUUCAACACGUGGCUCUCGAAAUCGGGACUCCCCGAAUCCCGAGUCCGAGCACUUAAUCGAGCAGACCCCUACCACGCCACAUUCUUCGCCAGAAAUCCUUCCAACCCAUACCCGGAAAACUGGCGCGACCGUCCCACCCCAGAAAGCCAGAUGCCCGAAGAGUACAACAGCCUCAUGCAGCGCAUCAUCAAGCUGACAGUCGACUACUGUACCUUUGACAAAGUCGCUCACGCGGCACCGAAUGCGUGGGGGAUCUGUGAGGUGGACAAUUUCCACCUGGCGCCGCAUGUGAAGUACUGGUAUGAUCGCGCGAGGGAGUUCAAUUGGAUGGGGAGGGAGAUUGAUGUGGAGGAGGAGAAGCGGAUGUUGAGGAGUAUCCGUGAAGGGGUGGAGAGGUUGAGGAUAGCUCGGGCGGAGGCUGCGGGGAGGGUUGAUGCGCUGGGGCGGGGGGAUGAGGUUGACGAGAGGCCGGAGCGGGAAAAGAAGUCGAAUUUUCAUGCUAGUCUUGUUCCUGAGGUGGAGGAAGAGUCGGAGGAGGAAGAAUCGUCGGACGAAGAUGAGGCGGCACAAGCCACGGAUCCAUCCGCAGGUCAGCGUGCUGGACAGUCGCCAUCUGAAAGCUCGGAUGAAGAUGAGGAUGAGGAUGGUGAUGAGCGCGAGGACAAUGAUCGUAAUACCGCCAGUGUGAAGACGCCACGAGAAGAGGUCCUUCGCGACAUCGGCGGCGCGCAUCCGGAGGCCCUCCUGCGUGGUCCUGCGCCAGACAUUGAAUCUUCUCCUGGCGGCGUGUUAGAUCCAAUCAUCGUGAGAUCUCCUGCCAGUGAGCCAGGUCGUCCAACCAUCGCGAGAUCGCUAGAGAGCGAGUCAGGUCCGAGUAUUGUGAGAUCUCCCAGCAGCGAACCUCGUCCAACCAUCGUGAGGUCUCCAGAGACGUCAGAACCACACAGUCAGCGUGACGCCGACACAGGCUGGACCGGCGAAGUCCAGCUUCCAGAUGCCGCGACGUUGAGGCGGACGUUCGAGCAGUCCAGGAAGAGCACGCAGGCGGCUUUGGACGAGAUGAUCAGUCAAUCCCGGCCGACCCCACCGGCGCCUACCAUCCCAGCUCCGUUCGUACCAGCACCGCUGUCUCACGGUAUGCCGCUGUACACUGCGGGGACGUACGGGAUGCCGUUGUACAAUAUGCCACAGUACGGUAUACCAUCAUAUGGUAUGGGCCCCUUCCUCACGCCUCCUGGUCCUUACGGCAUGCCGUUCGUGCAAGGAAGUCCGCAGCCGCCCCCUCAGUCACCGCGACAACCGCCGCAAGAGAGACAAAGACGGGAUAAAGGAAAGGGAAGAGCUUCGGGGUCUGGAAGAGAAAGGCGGAAUGACAGGUAG